UCCGAGAAGUUUGAGAUGGAGAAGGUGACCCAUGAUCCUGCUCCACCAAUGGUAGAAGACCGUGAGCAGAAUUCUACGCCUGCAACGCCUAGAAGAGCAGGAGGAUGGCGAUCCGUGAAAUAUAUACUCGCGAACGAGUCGUUCGAGAAACUGGCGUCAAUGAGCUUGAUGUCCAAUAUAACGUUGUACCUGCGGACGAAAUACAACAUGAAUAACAUUGCUGUUGUCAAUGUGGUCCAAAUUUGGAGUGGGUCCUCCAACAUGGCAUCCAUAGCUGGCGCUUUCAUCACUGAUACUUAUCUGGGCAGGUUCCGGGCCCUCCUUUAUGGCUCUAUUGCAUCUCUUCUGGGUAUGCUGACCAUUACCUUAACAGCAGGAAUACAUCAGUUUAGACCCCCUGCCUGCAGCAACCCACUACACUGCCAGAAAUCACAAGGGUGGCAGCUUGGCAUCCUCUUUGGAGGUCUUGGACUGUUAUCUAUAGGAGCUGGCGGGAUUAGGCCCUGCAAUAUUGCUUUUGGGGCUGAUCAAUUUGACACCAAAACACAAAAGGGUAGGGCGCAACUUGAGAGUUUCUUCAAUUGGUGGUACUUCUCUUUCACUGUAGCAUUACUUAUAGCACUCACUUGCGUUGUCUAUGUCCAAACCAAUAUUAGCUGGACCAUAGGAUUCGCCAUUCCAACUGUUUGUCUCGCUCUCUCUAUGUUCAUUUUCUUGCUUGGCUGCCACACUUAUGUUUACAAGAAACCUCAAGGUAGCAUCUUCGUGGACAUGGUCAAGGUGAUUGUGGCUGCCUGUAGAAAAUGUGAGCUUCAGCCUUCUGGGAGGUCCUUUUAUGAUCCUACACGUACGCUGGAUGAAUCACCGUUGGAGAAUAAAGGACUUGCUCAUAAAGAUCGUUUUAAGUGCCUUGAUAAGGCUGCUAUAAUUGCCAACCCCAGUACUGAGCUGGACGACCAAGGCAUGUCCAGGAAUGGCUGGAGACUUUGUAGUUUGCAACAAGUUCAAAACUUCAAGUGCUUGCUGGGAAUUCUACCAUUCUUAGUGUCUGGGACCUGCUGUUUUAUGGUAACGAGCCAGCAGCACACUUUUGGUAUCCUUCAAGUUACGCAAAUGGAUAGAUCCAUUGGACCCCACUUCAAGAUUCCACCUGGGUGGAUGAACCUGAUAUCAAUGUUAUCACUUUCCAUUUGGAUUCAGGUUUUUGAGUGUAUCUACAUUCCUCUGUCAAAAAAAUUUUAUAAAAAGGCUGUAAGAUUGAGCAUGGGGCUAAGAAUCAAGAUUGGCAUUUUGUUGUCAAUCCUAUGCAUGUUGGUUGCAGCAAAUGUUGAGAAGAAGCGACGGCACUCAGCUUUAAGACAAAAUUCAUAUAUUUCGCCGUCAAGCUUUACGCUGCUACUGCCUCAGUAUGCCCUAUCAGGUUUAACUGAAGCUUUUGCUGCUGUUGCUAUAAUGGAACUUUUCACCAUGCAACUGCCAGAGAGCAUGAGAACCGUUUCGGGGGCUGUCUUCUACCUGAGCAUGUCCAUUUCAGAUUACUUAGGCUCUCUUGUAGUCAACAUUGUCCACAAAGUAACAUCAGAGAAUGGAAGAACACCAUGGCUGGGUCAUCAUGACUUAAACCAUGUUAGACUUGAAAACUACUACUUCAUAAUUGCUGCCCUGGGAGCACUGAAUCUUGUGUACUUCAGUUUCUUUGCAGUCUGUUUUUCGACAAGUCCACUGGGCACCGAGCUGAAAGAAGUGCAACUGUAGAAUUCAAAUGCUUACAGGAAGGAAGAGUCGUCUGGACCAGAAGAUGAGGAGAAGGAAUUGAGCAUUAAAAGGGUCUAAAUAUUAGCAGUUAGAAUUUAGAAAUGUUAACUUGUCAUUUCUUGAACUUGUGUUGCUACUAGGGGUGUUCAGUCCGGACCCGUCCCGAUUGGCCCGGUAUCGUCCCGAUCAUAUCGGGACGGGUCUUGUCCCGGCCCGAAACUAAUCGGGACGGGACUUUACGGGACGGGACAGGAAAGAGGUUCGGGACGGGACGGGACACGGGAUUACCAUCGGGACGUCCCGUCCCGUCCCGAAUAUUAUAUAUAUUAUUUUUUAUUUUAAAUAUAUUAAUUAUAUUAAUAUAAUUUAUACUUAUAUUAAUUAUAUCAAUUAUAAUUUUAAUACUUACAAUUCUUAUUUAAAACUAAAGUUUUUUUAUAUUGAUAAUUUUAAUGGCAUGGAGUAAACAUGGCGAUAUCUUUCUUUAUAAUAUAUUAAUUAUAUUAAUAUAAUUUAUUUUUAUAUAUAUCUAUUUAAUAACUUUUAUUUACAACGUAUUUUUUGCUUAUUUUUAGAAGAGUAAUUAGCUUAGUACAUCUUCACUAAAGU